AUGGCAAUGGUGACAGUGUUAAUGUCGCCGUUACUAGCGACGACGUUGGCGGAGACACAGUACAAGGUGUAUUUCAAUAUAACUUACAAACAGGAGACAACCAAUGACACGCUGUGGUAUGAAAGCGACAAGGGGAGAUUCGUAGAUGGCGUUACGUCGACAAGGUUGGAACCUGUGACUGGUAUUGUCGUCCACGUUAAGACUGAUGGUUGCGACCAUUACAGUAUGGCAGCUCCAGGCGUGAAGUGGGUGGCUUUGGUAGCCCAUGGCCAGUGCCCAUUUUCAGGGAUGAGAGCCAAAGCUGAGGAAUACAAUGCCUCCGCCAUUGUUGUCUAUGGUAGCGGACCUGCCUGGAAGGAGAUGUAUGCCGUGGAACAUGACGAUAGCAGGAUUGUUGCUAUAUCUGUUCCUGAGAGCGACGGUGCUCACAUCGCCGACCUGGCAGACAAAGGGCUCACCGUUAUGAUGUACAUCGCUGUGAACAAAAUAAUAAGAAAAAAUGACACUCAUCAUAUUUCUGUCAAUAACGACAAAUACGUCGUCAACAAAACAUACGUGUCUGUCUCCUUCGCCGUGAUCAUCCUUCUGGCCAUCAUCGCUGCCGCGUGUCUGUUCAAGACCAAGGUUCAGCACCCACCACGUGUAUACUUUGAGAGGAGUGCCGAUUGGGAGGCAAUACCCGAACGAGAACGCAUGCGAAUUAUGCAUUAG